ACAUCUUCUACAGACAGUGCCACCACGGAGACAGUGUCUACGGAGGCUGGUGCAUCUUCAGCAACUUCUACUGACAGUGCCACUCCCGUGACAACUCCUACAGAGGCUUCCGCAUCCACUACAACUCCUAGUGCCAGCACCACCCAGAUGACAAGCACAACAGAAACUGUGGGACCUUCAGCAACUCCUACUGACAGCGUCACUCCUGGGACAACACCCACAGAGGCUGGUUCAUCUUCACCAACUCUGGCCAGCAGCAUCUCCCCUGAUACAACUUCAACAGAAGGUAGCACAUCUUCAACAGUGUCUAGUGACACCAGCAGCCCUGUAACGUCUACUGCAGAGGCUAGUGCAUCCUCAACAUCUUCUACAGACAGUGCCACCACGGAGACAGUGUCUACAGAGGCUGGUGCAUCUUCAACAUCUUCUACAGACAGUGCCACCACGGAGACAGUGUCUACAGAGGCUGGUGCAUCUUCAGCAACUUCUACUGACAGUGCCACUCCCGUGACAACUCCUACAGAGGCUUCCGCAUCCACUACAACUCCUAGUGCCAGCACCACCCAGAUGACAAGCACAACAGAAACUGUGGGACCUUCAGCAACUCCUACUGACAGCGUCACUCCUGGGACAACACCCACAGAGGCUGGUUCAUCUUUAACAACUCUGGCCAGCAGCAUCUUCCCUGAUACAACUUCAACAGAAGGUAGCACAUCUUCAACAGUGUCUAGUGACACCAGCAGCCCUGUAACGUCUACUGCAGAGGCGAGUGCACCACCAACAAGACCUUCUGGUGGCACCUCUCCUCUGACAGACUCCACAGAUUCCACUGUGUCCUCAACAUCUUCUACAGACAGUGCCACCACGGAGACAGUGUCUACAGAGGGUGGUGCAUCUUCAACAUCUUCUACAGACAGUGCCACCACGGAGACAGUGUCUACGGAGGCUGGUGCAUCUUCAACAUCUUCUACAGACAGUGCCACCACGGAGACAGUAUCUACGGAGGCUGGUGCAUCUUCAGCAACUUCUACUGACAGUGCCACUCCCGUGACAACUCCCACAGAGGCUGGUUCAUCUUCAACAUCUUCUACAGACAGUGCCACCACGGAGACAGUGUCUACAGAGGCUGGUGCAUCUUCAGCAACUUCUACUGACAGUGCCACUCCCGGGACAAAUCCUACCGAGGCUUCUGCAUCCACUACAACUCCUAGUGCCAGCACCACCCAGAUGACAAGCACAACUCCUACUGACAGCAUCACUCCUGGGACAACACCCACAGAGGCUGGUUCAUCUUCAACAACUCUGGCCAGCAGCAUCUCCCCUGAUACAACUUCAACAGAAGGUAGCACAUCUUCAACAGUGUCUAGUGACACCAGCAGCCCUGUAACGUCUACUGCAGAGGCGAGUGCACCACCAACAACACAUUCUGGUGGCACCUCUCCUCUGACAGACUCCACAGAUUCCACUGUGUCCUCAACAUCUUCUACAGACAGUGCCACCACGGAGACAGUGUCUACGGAGGCUGGUGCAUCUUCAGCAACUUCUACUGACAGUGCCACUCCCGUGACAACUCCUACAGAGGCUUCCACAUCCACUACAACUCCUAGUGCCAGCACCACACAGAUGACAAGCACAACAGAAACUGUGGGACCUUCAGCAACUCCUACUGACAGCGUCACUCCUGGGACAACACCCACAGAGGCUGGUUCAUCUUCACCAACUCUGGCCAGCAGCAUCUCCCCUGAUACAACUUCAACAGAAGGUAGCACAUCUUCAACAGUGUCUAGUGACACCAGCAGCCCUGUAACGUCUACUGCAGAGGUGAGUGCACCACCAACAACACCUUCUGGUGGCACCUCUCCUCUGACAGACUCCACAGAUUCCACUGUGUCCUCAACAUCUUCUACAGACAGUGCCACCACGGAGACAGUGUCUACAGAGGGUGGUGCAUCUUCAGCAACUUCUACUGACAGUGCCACUCCCGUGACAACUCCUACAGAGGCUUCCGCAUCCACUACAACUCCUAGUGCCAGCACCACCCAGAUGACAAGCACAGCUCCUACUGACAGCAUCACUCCUGGGACAACACCCACAGAGGCUGGUUCAUCUUCUACAACUCUGGCCAGCAGCAUCUCCCCUGAUACAACUUCAACAGAAGGUAGCACAUCUUCAACAGUGUCUAGUGACACCAGCAGCCCUGUAACAUCUACUGCAGAGGCGAGUGCAUCCUCAACAUCUUCUACAGACAGUGCCACCACGGAGACAGUGUCUACGGAGGCUGGUGCAUCUUCAACAUCUUCUACAGACAGUGCCACCACGGAGACAGUGUCUACAGAGGCUGGUGCAUCUUCAGCAACUUCUACUGACAGUGCCACUCCCGGGACAAAUCCUACCGAGGCUUCUGCAUCCACUACAACUCCUAGUGCCAGCACCACCCAGAUGACAAGCACAACUCCUACUGACAGCAUCACUCCUGGGACAACACCCACAGAGGCUGGUUCAUCUUCAACAACUCUGGCCAGCAGCAUCUCCCCUGAUACAACUUCAACAGAAGGUAGCACAUCUUCAACAGUGUCUAGUGACACCAGCAGCCCUGUAACGUCUACUGCAGAGGCGAGUGCACCACCAACAACACAUUCUGGUGGCACCUCUCCUCUGACAGACUCCACAGAUUCCACUGUGUCCUCAACAUCUUCUACAGACAGUGCCACCACGGAGACAGUGUCUACAGAAGCUGGAGGUCAACACAACUGCAACAUCUAUUGCUACCACUCCUACAAGCAGCACACCUGUCACUUCUGCUUCAACUCCUACUAA